GUGAGGCCCCGCGCGCGGCGGCGUGACGGCGCCAUGGAGGGCGGCUUCGGCUCGGACCUGGGGGGCGCGGGCGGCGGGAAGCUGGACCCGGGGCUCAUCAUGGAGCAGGUGAAGGUGCAGAUCGCCGUGGCCAACGCGCAGGAGCUGCUGCAGAGGAUGACGGACAAGUGUUUCCGCAAGUGCAUCGGGAAGCCGGGGGGCUCGCUGGACAACUCGGAGCAGAAGUGCCUCGCCAUGUGCAUGGACCGCUACAUGGACGCCUGGAACACCGUGUCGCGCGCCUACAACUCGCGGCUGCAGCGGGAGCGUGCCAACAUGUGACCUCGGGGGGCUGGGGGCUCCCACCCUGCCUGGAGGGAGGGGCCAAUAAAGGACCAGUGGAGAGGGA